GUCUGAAGCAAUUGUUUAUGAUCCUAUGCACAAAAUACUUGACGUCCAUUUAGAUAGACUUCGAGCGUGGAUUACAGACAAGCGUACAGACGAUGAGCUGCGUGAAACCUUUCAUGGGAAAAAAUCGAAGGCUUUUUUCAGAGACUUGUUUAUGUGUCGCCGGUGGUUGUCGGAUGAGCAUUUGGAUGCACUUUUUCUUUUCAUUCGCUUGAAGAUUAAGGCAGCCGGGAUACCUUCUUCUCAGAACUUCACAACUGCGGACACAAUCUUUAUGCGCAUUUUAGUUUCGAAGUGGCCCCUAUACAAAGAAUGUAUUAAAGAGAAUCGCCCGUUUGACUGGGACGAAGAGUAUAGGUUGGUUGACUAUGUUGUCGGGUCAAAAGUGGACUUCCAAGAUCCUUGGGCAAGUGUUGAUUACGUUUACUCUCCAUUCAAUGUCCAUGGCAACCAUUGGGUUCUAUUAUGCUUGGAUUUGGUAAGUUGUCAAGUGAAGGUAUGGGAUUCGCUUCCGUCACUUACAACUGCCGAAGAGAUGACAAACAUAUUACUGCCCAUUCGACAGUUGGUGCCAAAGUUGUUAGAUAGUACUGGCUUCUUUGAUAGGAGAGGUAGAUCAUCGACAUACAAGGAACCUUGGCCAGUUGUCAUUGUUGACCCAAUUCCACUUCAACGAAAUAAUUGUGAUUGUGGCGUAUUCGCAAUUAAGUAUUUUGAGUACAUAGCUGCUGGUGUUGGUUUAGAUACAUUAUGUCAAGAAAACAUGUCAUACUUUAGAAAACAAUUAGCAUUUCAAGUAUGGACCAACACUCCUAUGUAUUGAAAUAUUAACAUAAAUCACAAGUAUCAAUUGGCUGUUCUAUUA